AUGAGCGAGAAAAAAUCCGAAGUACAUUACUCAGACGACGAUCUGGACGACCUGGACGACCUGCUUGAUGACUUCGACGAUGAGAUUUUGAGCAAGCCGCCUGGAGCAACGCUGAAGCAAGAUCAAGAACACACUACCACGCAGGACGAAGAGCCCAAUUUGGACGAUAAAGAGCUGUUCGGCAAACUGCUCAAGGAAAUAGGUGUUCAGGAUCCCGAUCUCUCGAAGAACCUCGGUGGUUUUUUGGACGAUAUUGGUAAACAGAAUAGCGGGUCGUCUUCACCUCGGCCGGCCACAAGGAAUAAUUUCCAGGACGUGAUUUCGGAAACGAUUAACCGACUCAAGGAAAGCGGAGAGCAAGUAGACAAAUCCAUAAAGGAAGAGGACGGAAACGACGAGCUGAUUACGAGUUUGCUCAAGUCGCUUGAUCUCAAUUUGGACCUAAAAGGAUUAGAGGGGCAAAAUGGUGGAGUCGAAGAUGUUGGCAAUUUGCUGGUCGAGAUGCUGGACAAACUGUCGUCCAAAAAUGUCCUAUACGAGCCAUUAAACGACCUGUACCAGAAGUUCCCCGCCUGGCUGGAAAACCCCGAAAAUCAACAGGACGGGAACUAUACGAAGUACCAGCAACAAUACGCCGUGAUCAAGCAAAUAAUCAGCACAUUCGACCUCCCCGACCACGAGGAUAAAAAGAACAAAGAGAUUAUCAGCUCCAAGUUGGAGGAAUUGCAAGAAUUAGGAAUGCCCCCAAAGGAAUUACUCAAUGACGACCUGAAGUUUUUGAACUUUGGAGGAAACUCCGAACUCGAGCUGGACGACAAUGAUAUCCCGGAGGAUAUCAACAAAGAACUGGAAGAUACAUGCAAACAAACGUAG